UCCUGUCAUUCCUCUCGCACACGUCGGUGCCUGCACUCGCCCUGCUCUCGCGUGACUUCCUUGCUGCAGCGCAAGCGUGUUGUAUGGCGACCUCAACAUGACCGGUGUGCAGAACCCCGACGCACUGGGGGUAUUCCUCGCCACACGACGGGAUCUCACAUCCCUCACACAGUCUCUUCGCGUCCCUGCAUGGCGAUCACCGCAAGUCCGGAUGUACCUCAUACCACGUGUCCUCGCCCGCAUGGACAACCUCCACUCCCUCGUUCUCCCCUCCAUUGAUCUCCACAUCAUACAGCACCACUCCGCCUUUGAUCUCCGGCAUAUCGAGUUUGGCGACACCCACCUCUCCGGGCAGGCUGAGGCUAAUCUUCUCACGCGGUUGGAUGGCCAGACUAACGUCGUUUCGCUUCGUUUUCCUUUCCUGCUUGAAGAUGACGACGGGGACGAGCCACCACCGUCUACGCCACUUCCCGCCACUCGGAUGCGUACACGGCUUCUCUCCGCGCGCACCACACCUAGUCGGCUGUCUCUAUUUCCCAUGCCUCCGCUAUCCCCGCUACCACCGACUCUAAUCGACGUGUCUAUAACUAUCUCCACCCCAAUAUAUGCGGGUUUCGUCCUACAUCCACUCUCGAAUCCCUCCCUCCCUCUGUCCGCUGUCUCCACUUUGUCUUCAAGUCCGUCGGUAAACGCAAAGAAGAAAAGAAUCUCCGAAGCGAGGUCGUCGCAUACCCCAACAUUGAGGAACUCGAGUUCGAAGGAGAGGGCGUGUUGGGGUAGCGUCGUUUCCCACUUCAAGGCCCUCCGGGCCACUGGUAAUGCGUAAAUCGGGGAUCGCGCAAGUGAAACCAGCGAAGGAAGAGUUCGACGAGAGGU